GUCCUUCGUUGCUAGGUUAUUUUCCUGGCACCGGCAAGCCCACAGUCAGCUAAUACUGAUGGUACAUGUUAGUAUAUAUUUCCUCUAAAGUUGUCAUUAAGUGGCGCAUCGGGGUUUUAGCACAUGUGUAAUUGCGGUUCAAUAACACAGACUUUUAUUGUGAAGAGCACUUUGACAGUGGAGGGCGUUUCGUCACCGGAGCCUGCAUCAAUAAAUGUAGCGUUAGCUGGUUAGCUACAAGUUCUGCGCGCUUUAGCCGCGCCGACCGGCGAUGCUCGCGAACGUGUGUGUUCCCUGACGACCGUGUGAUGAGAUUCUGCGGCUGACGGGGUGAUGUCCGGACGGCAGCAGCCUCUGCAGCAGCCCGGGGAGGACCCAGCAGCCUGCUAACAGAGCCGGUCCGGCUAGCUGCUGCUGAUGACUGGCUGUUUCCUGACAGCGACUAGCAGUGGGAGGCACCAUGGCCGGUAAGGUGAAGUGGGUGACUGAUAUAGAGAAAUCAGUGCUCAUCAACAACUUUGAGAAAAGAGAAUGGGUUCAGGUCACAGAAAGCGAGGACUGGAAUUUCUACUGGAUGAGCAUCCAGACGAUCAGGAACGUGUUCAGCGUGGACACCGGCUACCGCCUCUCAGAUGACCAGAUGGUGAACCACUUCCCCAACCACUACGAACUGACGAGGAAAGACCUGAUGAUCAAGAACAUCAAACGCUACCGCAAAGAGUUGGAGAAGGAAGGCAGCCCGCUGGCAGAGAAGGACGAGAAUGGAAAAUACAUUUAUCUUGAUUUUGUCCCUGUGACAUUCAUGCUCCCGUCCGAUUACAAUCUUUUUGUGGAGGAGUUUCGUAAGAAUCCGUCCAGCACCUGGAUCAUGAAGCCGUGUGGAAAGGCUCAGGGCAAGGGCAUCUUCCUCAUCAACAAGCUUUCCCAGAUAAAAAAAUGGUCGAGGGACAGCCGCACCUCCUCGUUUGUAGCGGCAUCUAGUGGUAAAGAAGCGUACGUCAUCUCCCUGUACAUUGACAAUCCUCUGCUGAUAGGAGGAAAGAAGUUUGACCUGCGUCUGUACGUCUUGGUGACCACCUAUCGGCCUCUGAAGUGCUACAUGUACAAGCUGGGCUUCUGCAGGUUCUGCACAGUCAAGUACACACCCAGCACGAGUGAGCUGGACAACAUGUUUGUCCACCUCACCAACGUGGCCAUCCAGAAACACGGGGAUGACUACAACCAUGUGCACGGAGGCAAGUGGACAGUCAGUAACCUCCGUCUGUACCUGGAGAGCACCAGAGGGAAGGAGGUGACCGGCCGACUGUUCGACCAGAUCCACUGGAUCGUGGUGCAGUCUCUGAAAGCUGUCGCUCCUGUGAUGAACAACGACAAGCACUGUUUUGAAUGUUAUGGGUAUGACAUCAUCAUCGAUGACAAGCUAAAGCCAUGGCUUAUCGAGGUGAACGCCUCUCCCUCGCUGACCUCCAGCACGGCCAACGACCGCAUCCUGAAGUACAACCUCAUCAACGACACGCUUAACAUUGUCACGCCCAACGGGGACAUCCCAGACUGCCGCUGGAAUCGCAGUCCACCCAGAGAAGCUCUGGGCAACUAUCAAGUCCUCUAUGACGAGGAGCAGGCGCAGAGCGAGAACGCUGACCGUGACCUGCGGAGCCGCUCAGGCCAGUCGCUGGGCUCAAAGGGCACCAAGGGCAGCUCAGGUGUUCGCCCCACUGCAGCUACCUGGAAAUGAGUUGACGCUGCUGAUCGCUUUUUGACUUCCAAUAGGAUCUGCAAGGUGCGCCAGUGGAACACAUGGCAGAGAAAUAAACAGCCAGACUCCUUAAAACCCACCUAAAGGACGACUGCUACUUUGCUCCACCUUUUACUCAUGAAUGAACAGGGGACAACUCUAAAGCCAAUGGAGAGAGAAUUAUGGUCAGGUUGGAGCGUAUAAGACUGGAGCCUCUGGCAGUUUAUAGAAAUAAAUAAUCAAAAGUGUUGAUUAUGUUCGGGUUGAGGUCAAGUCAUCUCAGAUCUGGUUUGUUUUACACACCCUCUCUCAUCAACAGCAGCAGCAGGUCCCACUGGGGUCCAAGCUCGCAAUGAACCAGUAGAAAAUCUACUCCGAAACACAAGGAAAAACUUUGAAAUCCCUUUGGAUGACUAAGAGUCCGAUAGGAGGUGGAUAUGAUGCACCGAAAGAAGAAAAACAAAGUUUUAAGGUGAUCAAAGAGGAAAACAGGAACUCCAACUAUGCAUGAAUAACAAGUACUGAAAAAUUAACUUGACCGUCACAUAGGUGCUAAAAGAUGAGGAUCUUGUGGGAUAAACUGUAUGGAAACAAAGCAGUGUGCAUAAAGAGCUAGCUAUAGGUAUACAGAUAUAAUUUAGUUCUUUACUGGGAAAAUUUACAGCAUAAAAUUUAUGGAGACCCAAAUAUAAAAUGUUUUCUAUGUUCAUUAUUAGUAUGUUUAUGUCAGGGGGGGUCCUUUUAGAUUGAUUGUAUUUAGUGUUAAACCUUGUUGCACUUUAUUAACGUGAAUUUAACGAUAUCCUGUCUCUUGCACAAGUAAAAUUCCAGAAUAUUAA